AUGGAUGGCGACGCAGCCGAUCCCCCAGCCGCCCCAGCCGAGGAGGCGGCCCAAGAGGUGGGGGAGGCGGCGGAGCAGGUCGAGGCUCUUGGCAGCAUCUCCAGGACGGCGGAGGAGGUGGGGCAAGUGCGGCAACAGAUGGAGGAGCUCUGUGCGCAGCUGGCGCGGCGCAGCGCCAGCCUGGGGCCUGUCGGAGGUGACGCUCCUGAAAAAGGCCCUGAGAAGUCAGCGCGUGACUCCAAGGAGCCCCCGGGAACGUCGAGCACCAGGAGGACGACCGCCGACAGCGCUGCAAGUGUCAGCUCUGCGUCGACCGCAUUGCCUCAGCGGCGACCGCCGCAGGGAUCUGAGCGGCGACUGGCUCUGCAGCGCGCCGCGCGUGUGCUGCUGCGGACUUCCGGACUGGGGCCGAGCGCCCCUCGCUUCGGGGCAUGA